CAUACAGGCACACGACGAGGAGGAAGCAUUGUAUUAACAGCCUUUCUUGCCUACAGGUCUUUCGGACUUGUUCUCCUUUGAGUCACGUCAUGAUACCGACCCUAGAAAAAAGAUGAUCUAAGUCUCCACCAUAGAAUUCACUCUCAACAUCGUUCGGCGCAUUCCAGAUGUUGUCAGUAUGCUCGACCAGCUUUCGCCCGUUGCUCCCGCCAGAGUACGAGUCGUUCUUCUGCCAAUUGGCCAAAUCAAACGAGCAAGAUUUCUCAGCUUUGUGGACAGACUACAGCCAGAGAAUGUCGUUCGACUGGGGGAUAUCAGCCCUGAUGGGCGGCCGAACAGAAACAUGUUUUCGCCUUUAGCCUUUCCCACAGGCAUGAUCGUAUACGACCUUACAACUUUUUACCCUCCACCUUCACACGUUGCGCUCUCCCCUUUCGAGCUUUACCGCGAGCCUCUGGUGAUUAUAGCUCUUGCAGAUGGCGCUGAGCUGGACCAUGUCUCAUACCGAGGGAACACGCGGAGGAGUCUCAAUGGAAAUGGACCACCCAAGCCAGAGCACAAUCUGCGAGAAUUAUACCAAGAUCUUGAAGAUCUGCGGGACCGGUACCCCAAGGCAUUAGUCCAUCAAAUCCUCUUGUUCGACUAUGUGCCUCGAGAUUCUCUUGGGAGUCUGCCAGAGGGUCUAGUUGCAAUUCCUCCACCAGCAGAUUGUAAGAGGACGACAAUGAAAACGGUCAUGUGUGACAUAUCUUCUAUGCUAUUGGCGGAGAUGACCACGCUGGCCAAGUCACUUCAGGCCUUGAACAGUAUCGACUCUCCAAGCCAAGCUCAGAUCAAUCGGCAAUAUAACGGAGCAUGGCAUGUUGCACAGGCAGAUAUGUUGUCACGUCGGAACUCUCAGUAUUCUGCACAGGGGGACUCGAGGUCGGGAUCACCUGCUGGCAGUGUAGACAGAAGCCAUGUCCGAAUGUCAAUGCCGGCAGUGCUGCGACGAACCGAUUCGAAUGCCUCGACCCCCUCUGCUCGACCGUCGACCCCUAAUGGGACUCCUGGUCUAGCCACUACUUUUGAUGAAAUAGUUGGCCCAAAUCCUGGAUUGCCUAUUCGCCUUGCCACAACUGACUCCCUCCGAGACGCACAACAGCAAGACAAAGUCUCAGUACAAGGUUUCGGUUCUGGAAGUGUGAGCGAAAGGUCACGAAAUAAGGGCAAAGGUCGCAUUGGUAUCGUGAUAGGCUCGUUAUAUAUGAAAGCAGGCAGGUGGUCCGAUGCUUUGAAGGAGCUCAUCGAAGCAGCCACUAUUGCCAAAAAUGCACUUGACCAUUUAUGGCAUGCUAAAGCGCUGGACAACAUUCUAGUGAGCAUGCUGAUGCUCGCCUGGACUGGCAUCGACUUUCAAAUUCCCCAAAUCUGUUAUGUAUCUGCAGAGAAGACCUCAUCAACACCAAAUUCUCAAGACCCACGAAGUCCAGCAAGCAAUCGGUUGGUUUCUCUCCAGAAUCUCACAGUCCUACUUCCAGAAUUGGUAGACCGGAUUCUCAAUCUUUAUGCUCGAGCAGCAAACAAUACUGGAGAGUCACUCCCUCCAUAUCCAUUUUCUGAAUCUGUAAUAAGAUUUUCGAAACUGUUAUCAGCAGUCCAUUUAGCUGGUGGCACAAUAGACGAUGAAGUCCUACAGCUUAUGGUGCUCGGUAUUCCGUUCAAGAAAGCUCCCAAUCUUGCUACAGCACGUUUGAAUAUACGUCCCACCCGCACAGAAAUUGUAAUUGUACUUUCGCGAGCGUUUCCUACACAUUUUUCGACAGAGAGUUUAUCUGUUGUUGAUAGGACUAUCAUUCUGAGCGGUAUUGCAUCGGUUCUGGGAUCUCUUGGUUUUCACAGGAAGAAGGCUAUGGUCAUGCGAGACCUAGUUUCUGUUCUUAUUCCUGGUUUAGUCCAGGCGCGAAUCAAAGGUGCUGCAGAUAUGGGAGUUCAUCCUGCCGCUGGGUUGGCAGCGCUUAAUUCUGUAAAUGGCAACGCAAAUGGAGCCGGCGCACUUGAUCUUGGGGAAGGAGACAUUGAGACUGGCGUCGAUUUAUUUCUUGGCUCUCUCGGUAAAAUAUAUGGCGUCGUAUCAUCCGCUGGUCCAACUGCGUUGCAGGAUUCAAAUGACGCCGCAAUUGCACGAAUCUUACACGACGCUUCGAUUCGGAGUUUUGGCGGACAAGUCCUCAAGAUGGACGUUCUCCGUUCUUGCAUAAAUAUCUCGGAGGCCCUGCCAGAUUUUCAUGGCGUUUUACGAUUCACAGCCGACCUGUUACGCACUGCUGGAAGCGGCGUCGCACCAGGCCCUAGGAGCGAAGAUGCAUCACCUAUGAUGAGCCGAGAAGAGCAAGUCAGGCUCGCAACUAAUAUCUCAAGAACUCUUGGGGCUGCGAGGAAUCUGGGUGUCAAAGAUCUGCAAGCUGAAUAUUGGGAUGAGUUUCUGCUUCGUGGUAUUGAACUGGAGCCUCUGCAAUCCACAAGAACACCAAUUCCUCAUACAAAAAGCGAGCUUCCAGGGGCGAGUGCAAAGACCGAAUCACAAGAAGUCAAUCCGUUCAUCUACAACCCAUUUUUACGUAAUCCCGACACCUCCGCUGUCGAUAAUUUACUCGUCGCUGGCGAAGGUGCUGUAUUUCGCGCCACAUUACAAAAUCCCUACGAAUUCGACGUUGAGAUAGAAAGCAUCAAGCUGGAGAGUGAAGGAGCCCAAUUCGAAUCCACAGUGCAAAAAACUGUGAUUGGACCAUAUCGGACUCAAAUCCUUACCAUUGCUGGCACACCUUUGGCUGCAGGCGAGUUAAGGAUCACAGGAUGUAUUAUUCGGGUGAGAGGUUGCAGAGAAAGGCGCUUCCCCAUCUUCGAAGAGCCAUGGUCACCUCAAAGAGAUGUGAAAGUCAAGACAAUUGGAGUUGCAGCUCUAUUCAGACAAAAGGAUCGCCCUGUCAGUGUUAGCUCGGGUCCUGUUUCUACGACGCCUGCCAUAAUACCACCCAAGGCUAAAUCCCUCGGAUUGAAUGUUAUUGAGCGGCAACCGUUAGUGGUUGUGAAAUCUACAAAUCUUUCUCAGUCGGCGCUGAUGGUCUUGGAGGGCGAACUCCAGGUGUUUUCAAUCACUCUUCAAAACCUAUCGCGAGAAACCCCUGUUGAUUUGGUUCUAUUCUCAUUCAAGGAUUCCACGCAAGCACCAUUACAGACUGCGAUGAGCAAUCGAGAAGCAUCGCCGGCCGAGCUUUAUGAAUGCGAGCUCAUAUUCGCACGCAAGCAAGCUCUGAAGUGGAAGAAAAAACAUGACGAGAAAGUGUUCAUUGCUCCAGGUACCACUGAGACUUUUGACAUUGAAAUUCUUGGACGACCCGGUCUCACCAGUGCUGUGGUGCAAAUUGAUUAUGCACAUCUUGGCGUACCUGCAGCAGAAGUUCAGGACAAUUUCCACACUCGACAAGUAAGUCUGCCUCUUACGGUCACAGUAAACGCCAGUGUAGAAGUAGUAAGAGUUGAUGUGCUGCCUCUUACUGGGAAUGUCCCACGUUCUCUUUGGAACAUGAUGGCCACAACAAACCCCAAAAACGCCUCGUUCACACCAGAGGAUUAUUGCCUUGUUGUGUUAGACGUCCGGAAUGCCUGGCCGUCCCAAUUACACUUGCACCUCGACGUUGCCAACGCAGGCAUCAUCGAUGAAGAAAUUCUUCCAGGAAACACUUCAAAGAUUAUGUUUCCUCUGCAUCGCAUCUUCCUCAAGGAUCCAAUAGCCUCAAUACCUGCUCUGGACCCCUCCAGGCAGCGCCAAUUUGUGGUCAGUACAGGCAGAGUAUCUGCUGAUUCGGAGAGAGCUAGCAGGGAGGCUUUCUGGUACCGAGAAGAGAUCUUGAAAAUGUUUCACGGCACAUGGGCUACUAAAUUUGGACCUUAUCGGCAUGGCGAGAUAGAGCUCCGCGGUAUCAGAUUAACACAGCGGAUGAUCGAGGCCAUCAAAAUUGAUGACAUUGCAAUAAACAUUUCUAUCAACCAUGCAUCUGAAGGGACAUCAAAACACCAGCUUUUUACCGAUGCCUUCUCGGAAUUGAAGGUCCGCAUAAGCAAUCGUACCCAAGACGCCAUUCAUCCAAUGCUGCGGCUGCAGCCCUCUUGCAGAGACCAACCACAUAAUCUAGCACUUGAUCUCACCAAGAAGCUCGUUUGGAAUGGAGUUCUUCAGCAAACUCUGCCACCAUUACCUGGGAUGGAGUCUAUUGAAGUUAGUUUCGGCGUUACAGCGUUAGCGAGAGGAGAAUUCGAAAUCAGUGUAUCCGUGGAAGAAACAUUCUUGCAGCAUCCACCUCCACAGCCUGCCAAAGGGGGCAGGCCACGAGCAAAUACGAAACAGAUGAUGGACGCUGUAUUAGGAGCGAGGGAAAGGAGAAUAUGGCAUUCGAGAGAGCCAUUCCUAGUUGUUGUCAAAGACGAUGAUAGUGAUGAGGACUGAUUUUGAGUAAUGUAAAGUAUUGCAUAGCGUGCGGACGUUUUUGAAUAUGCGUAGAAGUUUGGUGGUUUGAUGAUACCAAGGCUUUGCAGUUUAAAGACAUGGGGAGAAGGAUCUUCAAUCAAGGGCUCAGAUGCCAACAAUGAAAAUCUUUCAAUAUUGAG